GCUGUAAACCGCAGCACAGAUCUGGCAACCCGGUAAUUUCACGGAUAAUUUACGGCGCCUCAAUCCGCUCCCGUUUCUUUGCGCUUCUCUAACAGGCGCUAUGUCUGAAUGCUACCGUUAGCACGAUAUCGAUAGCGUUUAGUUCGGUUGCGCUUUGUGAUUGAUUUGCCUUUGAAUUAUGUUAAACUACGGGAUGAGAUUUCCGGCCGGGAGCAUGUCUCUCGCCGUGUCCUCUGUGCUGCUGCUGGCCGUGGUCCUGUGCUCGUCUCCGGUGAGUGGAAAUGAAGACUGCCUGUGGUACGUGGAUAAAAAUGGCACAUGGCACAAUGGCUUUGACUGCCCUCUGAUCACCUUCUGUUGUGGCAACUGUCACCGCCGCUACUGCUGCCUGGACGCCUUCAAGAUGAUCACAGAACGUGAACAAAAACGAUGCAUGCUCUUUCAGUUCAGCCCUACCACUCUGGCUGGUAUUGCCUCUUCCAUUCUGUUGUUUGUGGCUAUUAUCGCUACAAUGGUCUGCUGCUUCAUGUGCUCCUGCUGUUACCUUUACCAGAGAAGACAGCAGAGAGGGAGGACGCCUUUUGAGGCCCAACACAUUCCAAUGGCUAGUUAUCCAGUGGAGCCCUUGUACGAUGCCUACGGAAAGCCCCUGGGACCAGCAGACUAUCCCCAUGCAGGCUACCCCAUGGCCCCUCAGUAUCCAGGCAUGCCUGCACACUACCCCAUGAUGCAUCCUGGUCCAUAUCCACCUCCCCCAGUAGAUCCUGCAUAUGGCCAGCCUCCCCCACCUUACUCUCCACCUCAGUAUCCUGGUCACUGAUGAGUUCAACAGCCCACGGCACAGUAGACAUAUGACAGCGGACAAGAGAAUGGACCGUUUGAGAAGGGGAAGGCAGUACUACACAUCGGCACACUAACAAACUCAAAAUAUAUACAACUAAAAGGUUUCAAUAAAAAUUAUAACUGCACUUUAGGCAUUUGGAAAACAUGUCCACUUGCCAUAAGACUGAAUACAAUUUUCAGGACUUAUCGUUGUUGCACCUUUUACCCAUUUUUGUUUAUUUUGUGAGUUUAAUUUGUAUGAGGUUAAACUAAAUGUUGUGAAUUUUAUUUAAGGGGAAAAAAAACACUUUCCUCAAAAAUAUACCCAGUUGACAGUAUUUAAAUACCUACCUACUAAAAAGUGGAGUGGGCGAGUCUGGCUGGAUAGAAUUUUCAACAUCAACUUUCAAACUAAUGUUCUGUUGUCUUUUUUUUUUUUCAAAAUCAAAAUUUUGACCCACAUAUUUCUCAUAGUAUUUCAGAGAGAAACUGGAAACAGGGUUUAGGCUUUGAUUUUGCUUGAAGUUUUUGGUAGGUGCACCCACGGCAUAUGGAUCUCAUCUCAUUCUAUGUUACAAUUUUGUCUAUCUUCUUUUCUCAUAUAUCCUGCUAGGUAGUAUGUGCUGUCUAAUGUUAGCGACUACUACAACUACAACAGCAUGCUACCCUGUUAAUUCUGUCUUUUCUCCUUAAAACUUUUGAAUAGCUUGUCUUUUAGCUGUUGUUGGAUGCCGUUUAAUAUGUGUGUUGCAGUUAUUUAUUAUUUGUAACAUCAGAUCAGGAGAGCGGAAGGUCAAGCUGUGUAGUGAAAGUCACUACAGUUAACAAGGUAAUGACUACUUAAUGAAUUAUUUUGUAAAUUUCUGCUGGAUAUUUUAUUUUAUUGUAAUUUUUAAAUGGCAUUGUGCAGAAUUUUUAACAUGGCGUCUCUUCCAUUUAGAAAUUAAAGAUCAUCUAUUGUUCUUUCAGAAACUAUAAAUUGGGAUUGACUACUGAAUGAAGGCCCUGGCAACACAUACAUUUUUGACAACAAAUAUCUUAACAGUUUGAAAAGAGAGCAGGAUAGGUCAUGCUUUUUCUCAACAUAACUUCUUUUUAUUGUUAUUAUUAAGAUCAUUAACAUCUUAAUAGAAAGAAGAGAACCUAAGGCAGGUUUAGAGUGGACCAAUUAUUAAGACUUACAUGUCACAUCUAUAUUAUGUGGUAUUAACUACGGUAUUAACUAUCAGAUUGUUGCCACUUGGUUAUAAGUUAUGCAUUGCAUUAUGGGUCUUUAAAAACUAAACACAUUACAUUGUUUGUAGAAAAGUAUAAUAGGUGGUCUUUAGUUUCUUUUAGAUUAAGCUAAAAAGCCAAAAAAAUCAUGAAGUCACUAUCCACUUUAUGUAUGAAGCUCUGAGUACAAGUCUUAACAUUUUUGAAGAUCUCGAUUUGAAAAUGUUGGCACUACUUGAUAUUUCAGAUUAGAACUGGAUGGUAAAUGUUUCCAGGGGCAACACAUGUUGUACUAUAAUAUUGCUUGAAUUAUGUAAAGGGAUUUAUGUACUGAUUCAGAUGGCUGCUAAUUGACAUAUUUGCUCUGAAUCGGAGUUUUACAGAGCUUUUUGUAAAGCACAAAAUUGAAAAGUGGAAUUUUUUUAGUGGGAUGCUCUUUAUGUAGUUCCUUUUGCUCAAUGCUGUUAAUAUUUAUUUGUGCUCCAUGAGUGUUUAAGAAGAGUUGACGUGUGGACAUGGUGUGGUGUCAGAUGACAGUGAGAUAUUGUAAUAUAGUGGGGUUUAAUUUCUAUUAACAUAAAAUCUAACUUUGGAAAAAAAA